GAGGGAGUCCCUGACGACUCCGUCCAGUUCACUUUCACUUAUGCUCAGGCAUUGUUGACAGCCUCCUCACCGCCUUCCCCGGCGGACGGCGGCCUCCCCAAGUCGCCAGAUCGCCCUUUGGCCGCUCUUCGUUCCCCCCUGAUCCAGCCUCCCCCUCGUGGACAAUGUCCAAAUCCACCGCCGGCCCAGUCAAUGGGCACGUGGUGACUCCGUCGUCGCCGUCAGCCCUGCGUCGCCCUGCGUCCUCGUCGGUUCCCGCGCCGGAUAUCUUCAAUGCCAGCUCCGUCGCCGAGAUCAAGGCCACUUUGUCGCACCUGCACGACCAGGAGGCGUCGGUCACGGCCCGUCUAGACGCUCUCGUCGCCUCCCAGAAGGAUUUCUCGCGAGAGCUGGGCCGAUUGGAUUUGUUGCGAGCCAACCUGGGCUCUCAGACCAGCACCACGCGCUCCAUCAGCCAUGGCAUGCUCUCCAAUGCCGCGGCCACCGCAGAUCGCAUCUCAAGCGCCGUCCGUCACCUCGAUCUGGAACAAUCUCGGGUCAAGGCGACGCUGGAGGUUGUGGAGCAGGUUUCCGAACUGAAGGCCUGCGUGCUGGGCGUCGCCGGCUCCAUGGGAGCUCCCCAGGACUGGGAAACGGCGGCAAGCUACCUGAGUCGGGCCUCCAAAAUCCCGUCCGACGUGGUCCAUGGAUCUUUCGCAGCCGAGAUGGUGCCUACCGCCGAGGUGCCGGAUCCGCCCAACGUCACUCUGGACAAUGCGGCCGAGUCGCUCUGUGGCCUGUUCUUGCGCGAGUUUGACAAGGCCGUCAAGGAGGUCAACGGCGCCAAGAUCACUCGAUUCUUCAAGCUGUUCCCCCUGAUCGGUCGCUCGGAGGUUGGCCUCGACGUGUAUGGGCGCUACGUUUGCCAGGGGGUGGCGUCGCGGGCGCGGACCAAUCUCAACGCGGGAACCGGCGCACAGAGCAAGGAUGGCUUCUUCUACGCGAAUGCGCUUACCAAGUUGUUUGAGCACAUCGCUCAAAUCAUUGAUGGCCACGGAGGGUUAGUGGAACGUCAUUAUGGCCCCCGGAAGAUGAAUCGGGUCAUUGAACGGCUGCAGCUCGAGGCGGAUGUUCAAGGUGGAAUCAUCCUCGACACCUGGAGCGAUGAGAGACAUGUCGAUCGCAAGCUCACGGACAUCAAAUCAUAUGCGUUUACUUUCUUGGUGCAAAGUUUCCUGCCCCCGCAACGAAGCACGACUCCACGAUCCAGCUCCCCUGCAACCCGCGAUGGAGCUGCCGAGGACGAGGGUGUGGAUAUGAAAGAAAUCGAUGGGCUUCUCAAUGAAAUGGCCGUCAUGCUAGGCCGCUGGUCUCUCUACUGUCGAUUCUUAGCUGAAACAUGCAAUGCACCUGAAAACGAAGAUCAAUUCACACGCCCACGGUUUCUACAAGACUCGACUCUGAUGAAGAAGGUCACUGAUCGACUUGUGGCCCCCUUCAAUGCCAUGACAACUUUCUUCUUCCGGCGGUCAGUUGAGAAGGCCUUCCAGCUGGAUGAGCAGCCUUCCGGCCUGACCUUGAACCCCCAAAAGCCGCUGAAAGCCGACCCACCUCAUAUCACCUCGGCAGUUGGUGAUAUCAUGUGGAUUGUAAACAAAGUCUUGCAACAAUCUUUGGCUACGUCGCAAAUCGGCGUGGUGACCAAUGUAGUUCCCACGCUAUCCCGAGUCCUUGGCUCGGACUUUAUCGGCAUGACGCAGAGGAAAAUGCGCGAUGAAUGUUACCCGCGAGCCACCGUCCAAGGGGGCCAGCCGCCUGAACAUAUGGUCAUUGCCUUUUUAGUGUUGAUCAACAAUUUGGACGUGGCCGUUGACUACGUCCAACGGGUUGUACAGAAUCAUACCGAGACCAAGAAGAGGACGACGGGUCCCGAAGGUCAGGUUGAAGAGACCGACCAGCUUCACUCUCUGUUCCCCGUCCCCGCGGAAGCCACUCUUGCGACACAGACCCUGCAGACCCUUUCGUCAUCGUUUGAAUCCAAGGUCAACGAUCUUCUGUCGGACGGGAUCCAGGUCGUGUUCAACAACGUUGUCAAGCACCGUCUACGGCCUAUCCUUGCCGAUGCCUUCCGAGACAUCGAAUACCAGCCCGGGGAGGAUAAUGAUCCUACCAGCGCUGCGUACGGCGAGUAUGACCAUCACGACGAAGCGGACGACGACUCGACGACUCGAGCCGAACUCGUGCGUCCCCGCUUCGCAGCCAGCUGGACCGAGCUGCUCCUCCCGCUGUCGCGCAUCCUAACCACGUCGGCUUUCGACCGACUCAUGACCGUCACGGUGGCCUACCUUACUCGCUUGUUGGAGAAACGACUGUGGUCCUACCACGGCCGGGUCAACGCAAUCGGAGCCACGCGACUGGAGCGGGACGUCUCGGGGGUGGCCAGCGCCGCGGUGGACAUUGGCGGUACGUAUGGCGCACCGGGCCGAUACCGGCACCGCGAGGCCUUUGCCCGGUGCAUGCAAAUUGUGCUGGUGAUGGGGAUGGACGAGGACGAGUGGGAGGAUGUCUUGCGGGGAGGGGAGACUGCCGAAGUGGUUGACAAGCUGAAUCGGGAGGAACUUACGCGCAUUCGAGCGAUGGUGAGACGAUGAUCCUGUCAGUAUAAAAAGAAGAGGUCUUUUUUAUUUGUUCGAUUAAGCAUACGUUCAAUUUCCAGACUCGAG